CUGUCGACACCAUCAAACGUGCCUAAAACAAAUGGCGACCCAGUUGCAGUACCCCGUCGUCUCAACGCCCCGGCCGACCCUAGCUAUCUAUUAAGGUCUCUGCCUUGAUGCUAGCGGAGGCCUCAAGCAUCUAAGCAGCUCAUCUUAGCUUGCACAAUCAUGAUGCGGGUCCUCUUCUUCCUCCUCCUCCCCGUUCUGCUACUAAGCCGGCUCGCCGGCAGCAGCCCGCCGCCGGACCCGGUGUCCUGCGCGCGCGGCACGUCGGACUGCACGGUGACCAGCACGUACGGCUCCUUCCCGGACCGCACCAUCUGCCGCGCCGCCAACGCCACGUUCCCGCGCACCGAGCAGGAGCUCGUCGCCGCCGUGGCGGCGGCGGCUGCGGCGAAGCGCAAGGUCAAGGUCGCGACCAGCCACUCCCACAGCUUCCCGAAGCUAGCCUGCCCCGGCGGCCGCGACGGCACCAUCAUCAGCACCGAGCGGCUGAACCGGACGGUGAGCGUCGACAAGGCCCGGCGGCUGCUCACGGUGGAGAGCGGCAUGCUGCUCAGGGACCUGAUCAAGGUCGCCGCCGGCGCCGGCCUGGCUCUGCCUCACUCGCCCUACUGGUACGGCCUCACCGUCGGCGGCAUGCUCGCCACCGGCGCGCACGGGAGCUCGCUGUGGGGCAAGGGCAGCGCCGUCCACGAGUACGUGGUCGGGCUCAGGAUCGUCACGCCCGCGCCGGCCAGCCAGGGGUUCGCCGUCGUCAGGGAGCUCGCCGCCGGCGACCCCGACCUCGACGCCGCCAAGGUCUCCCUCGGCGUCCUCGGCGUCAUCUCUCAGGUGACUCUGGAGCUGCAGCCGCAGUUCAAGCGGUCGGUGACGUUCGUGACGCGCGACGACAAGGACAUGGCGGCGAAGCUUGCCGCGUGGGGCGGCCUGCACGAGUUCGGCGACGUGUCGUGGCUGCCGCGGCAGGGCAAGGCCAUCUACCGCGAGGACAACCGCGUCGACGUCUCCACGCCGGGGAACGGCCUCAACAACUACAUCGGCUUCCGAGCGCAGCCGACGCUGGGGCUCCUCACCGCCCGCGCCGCCGAGGAGCGGCUGGAGGAGAACGGCACCGACAUCGCCCGGUGCCUGGCGGCGCGGCUGCCGGCGGCGACGUUUGAGCUCCAGGCCUACGGGUUCACCAACGACGGCGUCUUCUUCACGGGGUACCCGGUGGUGGGGUUCCAGCACCGGAUCCAGGCGUCGGGGACCUGCAUCGACGGCCGCGACGACGCCCUCCUCUCUGCCUGCACGUGGGACUCCCGCAUCCGGGGCCCCUUCUUCUACCAGUCCGGCUUCAGCGUCGCCGUGUCCAAGGUCCCGGCGUUCGUCGCCGACGUGCAGCGGCUGCGCGACCUCAACCCGCGCGCCUUCUGCGGGAUGGACGCCAAGAUGGGGGUGCUCAUGCGCUACGUCAAGGCCUCGUCGGCGUACCUCGGCAAGGCGGAGGACUCGCUGGACUUCGACGUCACCUACUACCGGAGCUACGCCGAGGGCGCGCCGCGGGCGCACGCCGACGUCUACGACGAGCUCGAGCAGAUGGCGCUGCGAAAGUACGGCGCCAUGCCGCACUGGGGCAAGAACCGCAACUUCGCCUUCGACGGCGCCAUCGCCAAGUACCCCAAGGCCGCCGAGUUCAUCAAGGUCAAGGACAGGUACGACCCCGACGGCAUCUUCUCCAGCGAGUGGAGCGACCAGGUGCUCGGCAUCAAUGGCAGCCCCAACGUCGUCGGGGCACGCUGCGCCAUCGAGGGGCUCUGCGUCUGCUCCGACGACUCCCACUGCGCGCCGGAGCAGGGGUACUUCUGCCGCCCGGGAAAGGUGUACACGGAGGCCAGGGUCUGCAGGUUCGAGCGCACACGUCUCGUCGACGAGCUCUGAAUUAAUUGAAGAAUGAAUGAUCAUCGAUCAUUAGCAUAUUGGUUCGAUCUGUUUGAUCUUUAGUUCCAGAGAGCACCAUCAUUUUGCCUCUGAACUGGUACAGCAUAUGGUGGGGCAGGUCGACAGGAUUAUUUGUGUGUUUGUUUUGUAGUAAUUGCAUUUUUGUUGAAAAUAUCGACUUGGAAACAACUACUACAGUAUAUUUGGAUUGGAAGCAAGUGAAUGGCAUUUGUUGUCCAUAGGUAGAAUGUGACUGGUCGUUCUUUGUUGUCACUAUGGAGCUUCUUCCUUGCAUUGGUUAGACAGACUUCCAGGGCACUGGUUAGUCCAUUUGGGUAACGUUUCUAAAAGGUGGUUAGGUUGGGUACUUUGAUGUUUAUCCUUUUACAGCAUGUAUAGGAUAACUUGAGAGUUCCUAAUUUACUUCUUGUGUUUGGUGUUGAAUAA